AGACAUUCAUUUCAAUAUUCGGCACUAAACCGAAGUGGUCAAAUCUGUUUCUAUUUUAUAUGUAGAAGAAUCGUUUUAUCAGUGGACAACUUUUAGUGAAGUGUAAUGUCUUUUCGUGAAACAAUAAAAAACAAUUUCAACAAAAUCAAGUCUGUCGAAAUGCCGGCCUGUUCUGAAAAUAUCGGGAUGCGGUGCAUCAAAAUAAUGCUGUUGAUGGUUAACAUCUUGUUUCUGGUCCUCGGUGUCGCUCUGAUAUCGGUAGGAACCACGAUCCAUGCCGUGUUCAACGAUGUCCAGAUUCUGCUGGGAGCGCAAUGGUGUUCGCCCGCGUUGGCUCUCACCAUUCUCGGAGUAUUCGUGCUCGCCGUGACUGCUUUUGGUUGUGUUGGGGCAUUCAAGAAUAGCACCUGCAUGAUAAAUACUUUUGGAUUUCUACUUCUGAUUUUAUUCUUGCUGGAAGUGAUCGUUGCAGUUUCUAGUUUUGCAAUGAGCGGAUCAAUUCAUGGAGUCAUUUUAAGACAAGUCAAGUCAGCUUUCUACAAAUAUGAAGAUGGUACCAUAGAACAACGCGAACGUGUCGAUUUUUUGCAACAGGAGUUGGGCUGCUGCGGUAUCAAUUCAUAUAAGGACUGGAAAGAUUUGUCAAAAAAUCACACAUUGCCAGACUCAUGCUGCAGUUACUAUGAUGAUUAUUACAAUGGUUAUAAUAACAAUAAUGAGAACAAAGAACCACGAUGUGUUCCAUACCACAUGGGAUGUGCUCGAAAACUUUAUUACGUUAUCAAUACUUGCGCUAUCGUCUUGGCCUCUGGAACAAUAGCUAUUUGUAUUUUCCAAAUGCUUGGCAUAACAUUUGCCUUCCAACUGGCUAAAUCUAUCCGCCAGGCCAAAACGCGAGAAGAUAUGGAGCGAUGGCAAAUUCUUCACCAAGAGCAUGAGCCGCUGCCGCAAACUCCUUUCGACCAGGAACGAAUCGAGUCUAGAGACAACGAAAAUAAAACUGAUCAAUAAAUCUUGUGGUUAUAUUUGAUCAUUUUUGUUUUUCGUGUGUGUUUAGAGUACCCAACUGUUGUUUGAAGUUAUUUGAUUAUUACAUGCUUGUAAGAUUUUUUAGAUAAGUGAUAAAGUAAUUUAGUUUAUUUUUAUUGGAAGUUAGUUACUGAAAUACAUUUUGUUAUAAAGUAUUCAACCACACACAAAGAAGCAACAAUGAUUUUUAUAACUGCUGUAGUUUUUAAAUA